GGACCUCUGUCACCAGGAAAUAAGUACGGGGUAGAAUCUCGUCAAACUCAAGAACUUCAGUGUGCAUAGUAUAAUUUAAACAACUAAAGAGGUGGAGGGUAAACUUUUUAUCAAAUUGGGACGAUAAAAGGAAAAGUCGCGGUCUUUUUUCCUUUUAGAUGAAAAUUUCAUCUUGUAGUGGAAGCAAUCAAUCAAUGGGGAAGAGCGAAAACUCAGUGGCGAGCGAAGAUCCUUCUUCAUCUCGCCCAUGGGAAUCUUAUCAUACAGUUUAUACAAAUGCCAAAGCUGGAAUGGAAGGAGUGGACAAGGAAAAAGUGCAGAGGAUAGUGUAUGAAAUGAGUAAAGGGUCCAAGUAUUUUGAGAAUGAGGAAAAGAAGGAAGCUUAUAUGAAGCAGAAAAUUGAGAACAUGCGUAUUCAGUACUCCAAACUUACUGCACAAGAUAUAUCUCAUCAUCAGAAGAUGGCUGAGAAAAGGAUUUUAGAGCUAGAAGACACACGUGAUUUGUCAAGGAUUUGGCUACAUGUGGAUAUGGAUGCUUUCUAUGCAGCUGUUGAAACCUUGUGUAAUCCUUCAUUGGAAGGCAAGCCAGUGGCUGUUGGCAGCAUGUCCAUGAUUUCCACUGCGAGCUAUGAGGCCCGAAAAUUUGGCGUUCGUGCUGCGAUGCCUGGAUUCAUUGCACGUAAACUAUGUCCAGACUUGUUAUUUGUCCCUGUCGACUUUGAAAAAUAUACUCAUUACAGCAACAUAACAAGAAAAGUUUUUCAGAAAUAUGAUCCGAACUUUUUGGCUGCUAGCUUGGAUGAGGCAUACCUUGAUAUUACUAGUGUUUGCAAAGAGAGGGGCAUUACAAGUGGAGAAGUUGCGGAAGAGCUUAGACAAAGUGUACACCUUGAGACAGGUCUCACGUGUAGUGCUGGAGUUGCACCAAACCGCUUACUUGCUAAGGUUUGUUCAGAUGUCAACAAACCCAAUGGCCAGUUUGUUUUGCCAAAUGAUCGAAGUGCUGUCAUGACAUUUAUUUCUUCACUUCCAAUAAGGAAGAUUGGGGGCAUUGGUAAGGUCACAGAACGUAUCUUAAAGGAUGUGUUUGGAAUAGCAACCUGCGAGGAGAUGCUGCAAAAGAGUAGCUUCAUUUGUGCCUUGUUUUCUCCAUCUUCAGCAGACUUUUUCCUUUCUGUUGGGCUAGGACUUGGUGGAACCGAUACUCCUCAAUAUAAGAUGCGAAAGAGUAUAAGUAAUGAAAGAACCUUUUCUGCCAUCGAGGAUGAAGCUUUGCUUUUUCAAAAACUAGUUGAUUUAUCAGAGAUGCUUUCUGCUGAUAUGAAAAAGGAAGGUCUGUUUGGGCGAACAUUGACAUUAAAACUGAAAACCGCAUCCUUUGAGGUUCGAACACGAGCUGUGACCUUGCCAAGUUACGUAAGUUCAAGUGAGGAAAUCUUGAAACAUGCUUCAAAGCUGCUGAAGGCCGAAUUUCCUGUUUCUUUGAGACUCAUGGGACUUCGGAUGUCUCAUUUCAGUGAAGAUAAGAAUGGAAUUCCACCUGAUCCCAGACAAAGAACUCUUUCUAAUUUCAUUCUAGCUGGAGAUGCUUCUGGAGAAAAGACGAAUGAUUACAAGCCUUUGGUCCCUGAUGUUUGUGAUAAUACUUUCUCAGUUGAUGUGAAUUGUUGUCCUACCUACUGCGCUGAGACAUCUUGUGAUCUGCGUGGCACGUCGAUGGAGAACCAGACUUCAAAUUCUACUUACAGUUUCCACAUAUUAAGGAACAUUAAUGAAGAAGUGAAUGAUACUGUUAUACCUCAAAGUAGUGAACCUAGACCCAAGGUUCAUGAACCAACUGAAACUGAUCGUACAAUAAAAUCUGAGAAGGUUGACUCUUAUAUGGGACAAUUGGAGGCAAGCAGCUGUGAUAGACGGGAAGUUGGUGUUAACUGUGAGGAUGAUGGAGCAGGGUUUGUAUCAGAUCAAAAGCAAUUAUUUCGUUGGGUGGAUGACUACAAAUGCUCUAUUUGUGGUAUUGAGUUGCCUCCAAAUUUCAUUGAAGAAAGGCAAGAACAUUCUGAUUUUCAUCUUGCUGAAAAGCUACAAGGUGAAGAAUCUGGUUAUCACCACAGAAGUUCUAUGCCACAACCGAGGGCCGUCCAGAAAAGCCAUACUGGAAGCAGCAGUCGACCCAAAAAGAAACAGAAAUCAUCUCCAACUGCCAGCAAAUAUGUACCAAUUGACGCAUUCUUUGUUAAAACAAACCAGAAUUUUUGAAAGGCAAUAUAUUUAUGCAGAAAAUAAUGAUAGAUUUAUUUCUUUGUCCACGUUCAUCAACAUACCCUGUGUGAUCCCAUAAAUGGAAUCUGGGGAGGAUGGGUCUAUUCCUUUAUCCUUGUAUUCUUUGUAUAUAACUGUGUAAUUUGUAUGCAGUAAGACAAUGCAACAAGUGUUACAGUUAACUUCCUGCUUGUUUGGAUGUUCGUUACCUAUUGUAUUGUAUGAUAUUGUUACUUUAAAUACAAUGUUUCCAUUGUUAAUUUUAUUGUAUGAUAUUGUUAAAUUUGUUGUUAUUUAAUGAUUAAACGUGUCAUUUUUAAUGUAACGAUCGAUUUGACCGAUCAUAUUAAUGAUUAGUUGUGAUAUAUACAUUGAUGCAUAUGUGAUUGGUAAAAUUUCAUUUUAUAGGUUAUCCUAUUGUGAUUAUAUUUAGAAGGCAUGAGAUCACAGGCUUAAAUAUAUGAAUGAAUUAUUAUGUGGUCGAUAAAUUAUCUCAGCUGCACGGAUAGCAGUGUUCAAAAUUGAGAUAGAAAAGUGAAAUUGAUUGUUACUUAAUAAUGUAAAUAUAUUUUUGCUUAAUGCAUAGUUCUUUAAACUUGUUAUCAUAUACUAUAAUUUAAAUACUCGAAUUAAGUAUUGUUUCAAUUGAACACCUCAAGUCAUAAUAAAAUAUUUUAAUUUCAACACCUUCGACGAAAAAAAGUGUGUAUAUUUUGAUUCAUCUACUAAACAGUUAAGUGAACCAUAUAAAAUAUGUGAUGUUGUUUAAUUGUACGCAUUAAUUUUUAAGUAAAAAAUAUUUGAAAUUUAGCGUCAUGUAUCAAGCCAUACAUGCUUUUUAGUAACUCCGCUGUAUCCCCACUCCACUCCACGAAAAAAUAGGAAAAAUAGAUAAAGUGACAUCUAGAAAAAAAAAAGAGAGAGAGAAGACGAGAAAGGAUUUGUUACUCCCUGCACAAUUUCAUAUCCUCAAAAUUUGAGUAUAAAUGAGUUCAUAUCCUUGCGCAAAAUGCCCAAUUUCUAUGAGAAACUCCACAACUCAAUUCCCUCAUCCAACAUCUACAAAGCAAAGAAUAUGUUAUCCUAAAUCCAUCAUCUCCCAAAUUUCAUCAAGAACAAACAGUACUACUAGUUCUGAAGACAACUUUCCGACCAUGUCAGAAAUCAUGGAAGCAUCAAGAUCCCAAAAUCUUGAUCUUCAGCUAGGAACGUUAGGACCCUUUUUCAGAAUAACAGCAAAGAGCUUAAAAACCCAAAGGGACCUUGGGAAAGCUGAGGGGUUGAUAAGGGUCUGGUUUCAAGGUAAAGUUUUGCAUUUAGACUCCAUUAAACUUCAGAAAGAGACUUUGGGGAUGGAAAAAUCAAUAUUUGGGAUUGGUUUGUUUAUUGGAGCUGUAGCAAUUAGGCAUGGUUAUGAUUCUGGUUGUAAGAAAGCUGAGUUGCUAGCAAUUUAUGACACUGAGCUUUACCACACCAAGCUUGUGAGGUUCUACACAAGGAUUGGUUUCAAGACAGUUCACCAAGUAACUGGUGAAUCACUUGGAGAUGUUGGUCACAUGUUGGUCUGGGGAGGCGUAGGAACUCGAAUGGAUGCAGACAUUGACCAUCUUCUUGUGAAAUGGUGCACCAGAUUUAAACCAAAGAGUUAAUUUUACUUGAAGGAACUCAGCAUCUUCAGCAGUUCAGCUUUGUUUAUAGCACAAAAUGUGUUGCAAAGUAUAUGAAAUUUGUUGACGCUUCUGAAAUGACUCCCUUUAAUAGUCUGAAUACUACAUGUGAUACAGGUUGUUUGUCUUA